UUCUCUUUCGUGCGUGCCUAUGGUUACCGGCGUGUGAGAGGAGCCGAAGAGGGGGCGCGCUUGGAACCUGCUCGAAGAGACCCCCCCUCCCUCCCGCCAUGUCACCCCGCUCCCUCGGCGGGCUUCUGCUGCUUCUGCUGUGCCUGCUCGGAGACGCCGUCGCCGGGAGAGAUUUCUACAAGAUCUUGGGUGUGCCCCGUAGUGCAUCUGUUAAAGACAUUAAGAAGGCCUACCGAAAACUCGCCCUGCAGCUUCACCCAGACCGGAAUCCUGAUGAUCCACGUGCGCAGGAAAAAUUCCAGGAUCUUGGGGCUGCCUAUGAGGUAUUGUCAGAUGAGGAAAAGCGAAAGCAGUAUGAUGCAUAUGGAGAAGAGGGAUUGAAAGAGGGUCACCAGAGUUCUCAUGGAGAUAUUUUUUCACAUUUCUUUGGAGACUUUGGUUUCAUGUUUGGAGGUAAUCCUCGCCAGCAAGAUAGGAACAUUCCAAGAGGAAGUGAUAUCAUUGUGGACCUAGAAGUUACACUGGAAGAAGUGUACUCAGGAAAUUUUGUGGAAGUUAUUCGAAACAAGCCAGUAGCAAGGCAGGCACCAGGGAAGCGGAAAUGCAAUUGCCGGCAAGAGAUGAGGACAACUCAACUAGGCCCAGGGCGUUUCCAGAUGACCCAAGAAGUAGUUUGUGAUGAAUGUCCCAAUGUCAAGCUUGUAAAUGAAGAGCGAACCCUAGAAGUGGAGAUAGAACCUGGUGUGAGAGAUGGCAUGGAAUAUCCCUUUAUUGGAGAAGGUGAACCACAUGUUGAUGGAGAGCCAGGUGAUUUACGCUUCCGAAUAAAAGUUCUCAAGCACCCAGUUUUUGAGCGAAGAGGAGACGAUUUAUAUACUAAUGUGACUAUUUCGCUGGUUGAGGCUCUUGUGGGUUUUGAAAUGGAUAUUGCCCAUUUAGAUGGGCAUAAGGUGCAUGUUGCCCGGGAUAAAACCACAAAGCCUGGAGCCAAGCUGUGGAAAAAAGGAGAAGGUCUUCCCAACUUCGACAACAAUAACAUUAAAGGCUCUCUAAUAAUUACAUUUGAUGUAGACUUUCCCAAAGAGCAGCUGACAAGUGAACAACGAGAAGGUCUCAAACAACUGCUGAAACAGGCAUCAGUGCAGAAGGUGUACAAUGGACUGCAGGGAUAUUAAGUGGUGACAAAUGAACUUCGUUGCAAAUGAGAGAAAUCAGUGCUAUGAACUGCAGUCUUCUGGUUGUUAUAGAACAAAGCUGAGGGGUGUUGGAGUGACUGCUGAGCCCUCCAUUUUUACAAAUAGCGAAGGUGAUUUGGGGACAGAUCAGAAGACGGUAAAAGAAUUUUCCUUAUUUGGGACACAACUGGUGCUCUAUCUGGAGCAAUCAGGCUCCAGCAGUUGAGAAAUGUGAGGCGUUUUAACACACAUACCACGUUUGAAAUUCUGGUUUUAAAAUAUAUUUUGAUGUUACUUUUUCUUGCCCCUCUGAGUGAAUUUUCAUAACUCGUUCCCUAUCCCUCCAAUUUACUUUAUAUUGUCUCUGUUUCAGACUUUUAAACUAAUGGGUUAUUUGCCGCUAGCAUUUUUGGUUCUUGGGCCCAGCUUGGAAAAUAUGGGUUUAAAAUCUUUUCAGUCUCCUAAUUUCUGUACAUACCUAGUCCUCUUAUCACUCACUCUAAUGGAAUUGAGGCAUGAGAAACCCUUAUCUCUGCAGUUGAAAUUUCAUUUGCUUUCUGCAUUGUCCUCUGGGGUUUGACAACUGUCCAGAUACUUCCUAUUGUUUAUACUGUGGAAGUGUACUGUAGCUGUUGCCACCACACAGUUUUUCAUUUAGUUCUGCACAAGCAUUGCUGCAGUACAUGACACUGUCCGUGAAAAUUUUUGAGAGUUUACUAUGCAUUUCUAAGAGUGGCAGCUGUACUUACCACUGGGUUUCCUUUAUAGACUAUAGCAAAUGUGUAUGGAUUUGUAAUCUGUGGUUCAUAAACAUACAAUCCAGCAAGCAAAGACUAUGCAGUCCCUUAGACGGAGCACCAUUUGAGUAGAGAAGGUUUACACUUGGUUAUAUGGGGUGAAAGUGAUAAGACUCUCGUUGCUGAUAGGGAAUUUGCUCCACGCAGCUCCAAAAGAGAAAUGUACUCCCCCCUCAUCCACCUUUGUGCAGCUGUUGCUGCUUUCCUCCUAUUUCUUAGAAACUGCAUCAAAACACUUCCUCCCUAGCCUGUGGUUCAACAAAUUCAGUCUUUGCAUUUUAUGCAAUUGAUGUAA